AUCAAAUCACCUCCUCAAAGAAUUAGGGUUUUAACUUAAAUGGUGUAGAUACUGCUUUGUCUUUUACAGAGCUAGAAGGAUCUUAACUUAAACCCCCGUAUCUAUUGACAAUGGUUGAAAUUUUGGAUGAACCCCAAUCUUGGCUUAACUAUCCCUUUGUCAACGUUCAAGCUUUUCUUAAAAAAGAUGAUGAUUCCACCAUAUCAAAGGGAUUCCUUCCUAAAAUACAGAAUGGAAUGGUUCAGGCUCCACAAUAUCUACCAGAAAGAAUCUUGCCUGCAACUCGCCUAUGUUAUGAACCACUCAGUGACUGAAACCAACACCUUUGAACAACAUCCACAGCAGAAGAAAGUUGAAAAACUCCUCCAACGACCUGGGCAACCUGUUUGCAUUUAGUUCUCAAGAACAGGGGAUUGUAUGUUUAAAUAUAAUUGCAAAUAUCACCAUCCAAAAAAAUCAGACUGCAGUGUCCCCCUCGUGUGCACUGAGUGCCAAUGGCCUUCCUUUGAGAACAGCUCCAGAAUAUCUACCAAAAAAAAGCAUGUCUGCACCUCCACCCUUUGUUAUGAAUCACUCAGUCACUGAGACCAAUUCCUAUGAACAACAUCCACAGCAGAAGCAAGUUGAAGAACUCCCAGAACGAUCUAAUUGCAAAUAUCAGUAUCCAAACAAUCACACUGCAGUGUCCUGAGUGACAAGGGCCUCCCUUUGGGACCAGUUUAGGCUUUAGAAUAUCUUCCAGAAAGAAGCAUGCCUGCCCCCCACCAUAUGUUAUGAACUACUCAGUAACUGAAACUAACGCCUAUGAACAACAUCCACAGCAGAAGCAAGUUGAACAACUCCCAGAACGACCUGGGCAACCUGCUUGCAUUUACUUCUCAAGAACAGGGGAUUGUAACUGAAACUAACGCCUAUGAACAACAUCCACAGCAGAAGCAAGUUGAACAACUCCCAGAACGACCUGGGCAACCUGCUUGCAUUUACUUCUCAAGAACAGGGGAUUGUAAGUUUAUAUCUAAUUGCAAAUAUCACCAUCCAAAAAAUCAGACUGCAUUGUUCCCCUCAUGUGCACUGAGUGACAUAGGCCUCCCUUUGAGACCAGGCUAGAACAUUUGCACACAAUACAGUACCUAUGGCAUUUGCAAUUCUGGGCCAGCUUGUAAAUUUGACCAUCCGUCGUUAUCAACUUCCCUUCUGCUACCCGGCGACUACAAAUGGGGCAGGGAACAUCUGGAAGUAGAAGUAGAACUGAUGCUACAAUCAGUCGCAGCCACUGUAAUAAGUUUUGCAUGAAAACUGAAAUGGAUGCUAGAGCACAGGAUUCGCAUCACCAAGGACAUGCAACUCCUUUUAUGUUAUUUAGUCUUGGAAAUGUAUCAAACUUUUUAUCCCAGCUGCCACAGGCCUUUCAGUUUCAGAUGUGAGAACUUGAUGGAAUGGAUAACUUCCCGAGUAUCUUCAAUUGGCCACUUCUGUAAUGGAUAACUUUUUAGUCCCUCCAAAACCAAAACUACCGCCAACAAGGGAUAGAGAGGGGGUUUUCUUUUAAAUACAAAUUAGGUAUAACUUUACUAAGAAGGAUAUCAUACUUUGGUUUUGGGCUUGGUAAAUGGGGUUUGAAUUUUUUUUGGUAAUAGGUCAGUGAAAUUAAGCAACUCAAACAAAUAACACAUAAAGGAGGUUGGUGUUUGUGAUUGAAGGAGAAGGUUCAAGUCCACAAUGUUUCCUGUCGUGAGUUUUUCUUCGAGACGAAGAAAAAUUCAGGACGGAAAGAGAAAAGGAAAAAGCAGGUGACUUUGAUUUUACCAAUCAAAACACUGGCCCAAUUUCCACAAGCCAAAACUAAAGGGAAGGGAAUCAAACUCGAAUUCAAUGCCGUGGUAAUCAGAUGUGUGAUGAUAUGUGACUGGCACUGCAGGGUGUAAGCAAACCCAGCAACCCAGCUUCCUUCAUCAAAAACACGAUCAGCAGUGAUGUUGACAGCUCCCAUCGGCCUCCCAAAUCCCGACGUUCCGCCAAAUGCUGAACUCUCUGAUCUCGAUCUUGCCAUCCUUGAAGAGAUUCGGAAACUUGAUGCCCGCCUUGAUAAAAUUCGGAAACUCGACCCUGCCCUGCUUGAUAAGAUUCGAAAAUUCGACCCAGACGUCCAUGAUGAGCUUUAUAACAAUCAGGUGUCCAAGGACAAGAUGAAGGAAAGGGACGGGUUGGCAGCAGAGAAGCCAGGCCAGACCGAAUGCAAGGAUUAUUCCAGGUCAGGAGGACGUAAAUAUGAAAAAGCUUGUAGUUUAAAUCCCGGAAGAGGGGAACCUUCCGUAGCUCCAAUUCCAGAAUGUAACUUUCUGGGCCUGCCAAUUCGACCGGGGGAGAAAGACUGUUCCUUCUAUAUGCGAAAUGCCUCCUGCAUGUUUGGUACAAACUGCAGGUUUAAUCACCCUGAUCCUACAGCUGCAAGAGAAUCUGAACCCCCAUCUGGAUGUGGUAAUGGCGGAUCCGCAUCAUUACAAGGUGCAUCGUCAUCAACAGCAGCACCAUGGUCUGCACCAAGAUCAUUGAAUGAUGCUCCGCUUUAUGUGCCAAUGGUGAGUCCGCAUGUUCAGAUAGGAAGCUGGGGUAAUGCAGAUGGGGUUUGGGCCCAAUCAGAGGCAGGAAACAAAGAUGAAGCAAGUGGCUGGACAAAACCUGCUUUUAUUAAUGAGAAUCAGAAUGACAGUUGGAAGAAACCAAGUGGUGUAGAUGACAAUAGAAGAGCUUCCUGGGGUAAAUCAGAUGGAGGUUCUACUUGGACUAAACAAGAUGGAGAUCCUACAUGGAACAAACAAGGUGAAGGUUCUACUUGGAAUAAACAAGAUGGCAGUUCUGCUUGGAAUAAACCAGCAGGAGAUUCUUAUUGGAGUAAACAAGCUGGAUGGUCUUCAUGGGGUAAACAAGCUGAUGUAACAGCAGGACAUGAGUCUGGCGGAGUGGGGAAUCAAGAUAAUGGUUGGAAGAGGGCAAGUUCUUUUGGUGGCAGUCAAUCAAUGGAUGGUGUGAAUGGAGACCAACCUGAGGAUUUCAAUAAUAAUCGAAGUGGUGGGAAUUGGAGAGGUGGUUCAGGUAGAGGAAAUUCAGACGGAGGAGGUUUUAGAGGUGGACGGGGUUUUGUAGGUAGAGGUGGUGAUAGAGAGGAGGAUAGAGGGGGUUUUGGACGUAGAUGGGGUUUUGGUGGUAGAGGCGGAGACAGAGGGAGCUUUGGUGGUAGAGGUAGAUCAGACAAAGGAGGGUUUGGUGGUAGAGGCUACGGAGGAAGAGGCCGUGGGAGGUAUCAAAGUGGUGGUUGGAGCAAUAGAAAUGAAUCUAUUGAUAAUAACUCAUCAGGCUGGAGCAAAGGGGCAGACGGUGCUGGCGAGGGAUGGAAAAGGGACAAAGGUGGAGGAAGUUGGAACCAAGGAGGUGGCAGUAAGAACGAUUGGCAGGGUAGGAACUCUAGCGGAUGGAGUAGCCAGAGCUCCGGUUGGAACCAGUCUGAUGUGACUAAAGGAAUUGGUGGUUCGGGAUCAGGUUGGAAUCAGACAGUUGAGGCUAAAUAUACUGCUGGCACUCAGGACAAGGGAACAGGUUCUCAUAAUGAAGUGGGCACAAGCUGGGGAAACAAUUGGAAAUCAUCAGAUGCUUCUAAUGGGGACCAAUCGUCUAGGUGGAAACAAUCGACUGCAGCCAAAGAAGUCAAAGGAAACACUGAUCAAGACGGCGGCUGGAACAAGGGACCGAGCUCAAACGCACAAGCUGGGGGCUGGGGCAACCAGGGUUCAGGUUGGAACAAAGGAACAGGUUCAGGAUUUGGAGGCGGUACCGGAGAGCAACCAAGUGCUGCUGUUGGAGGUCAAUCAUCUGACUGGAAGCAAUCAAGUGCUGCAAGCGGGGGUCAAUCCUCUAGUUGGAAUCAAUCUGGUGAGGCAAAACAAGGAACUGAAGAAGGUGCAAAACUGACUAAUUCAUGGGGCAAAGCAGCAAGCUCUUGGGGGCAAGGGUUCUGAUGGUGGAAGUAGCAAAGGAGGGUGGUGAUCAAAUCACCUCCUCAAAGAAUUAGGGUUUUAAAUUAAAUGGUGUAGAUACUGCUUUGUCUUUUGCGGAGCUAAAAGGAUCUUAACUUAAACCCCCGUAUCUAUUGACAAUGGUUGAAAUUUUGGAUGAACCCAAUCUUGGCUAAACUAUCCCUUUGUCAACGUUCAAGCUUUUCUUAAAAAAGAUGAUGAUUCCACCAUAUCAAAGGGAUUCCUUCCUAAAAUACAGAAUGGAAUGGUUCAGGCUCCAGAAUAUCUACCAGAAAAAAGCAUGUCUGCACCUCCACCCUUUGUUAUGAAUCACUCAGUCACUGAGACCAAUUCCUAUGAACAACAUCCACAGCAGAAGCAAGUUGAAGAACUCCCAGAACGAUCUAAUUGCAAAUAUCAGUAUCCAAACAAUCACACUGAAGUGUCCUGAGUGACAAGGGCCUCCCUUUGGGACCACAGAAGCAAGUUGAACAACUCCCAGAACGACCUGGGCAACCUGCUUGCAUUUACUUCUCAAGAACAGGGGAUUGUAAGUUUAUAUCUAAUUGCAAAUAUCACCAUCCAAAAAAUCAGACUGCAUUGUUCCCCUCAUGUGCACUGAGUGAAAAAGGCCACCCUUUGAGACUAGGCUAGAACAUUUGCACA